AUGGCAGGGACGUUUGCGAACGAUGGGGCGAAUACCAAUCCACCGUUGCUGCAUCAAGGGAACCCACAGAAUGGUGAAAAUGAGGGAGCGGCGUCAGAAACUGUGACCAGGACAGGCUUUGGAACCAAGACAUGGAGAGAUGGGAGCAAGUAUGAGGGAGAAUGGCUAGACGGGAAGAUGACAGGUUUCGGGAGGAUGCGUUGGGCGGACGGCAGAAUUUAUAUGGGGGAGUGGCAAGAUAAUCGUUGUGAGGGUAGAGGCUUGCUCACUUACAAGGAUGGGAGGCGGUAUGAAGGCGAGUACAAGUGUGACAAGAUGCAUGGGAAAGGCGUGUAUGAGUGGUCUGAAGGAGCGAGAUACGUCGGUGACUACUUCGAGCACAAGAAGCAUGGUAGGGGGAUCAUGAUAUGGAAGACUGGGGGGCGCUAUGAGGGAGAAUAUGUGAACGACAAGAUGACAGGGUAUGGGCUGAUGACCUGGGCAGACGGUCGCCGAUACGAGGGUUACUGGCUUGAAGGCAGGUGUACAGGAAGGGGAACGACGACUUUCAAGAGUGGUAGCAAGUACGAAGGGGAGUACUUCCGCGAUAAGAUGGAUGGACACGGUUUCUACUACUUUGCAGAUGGAAGAAGGUAUGAAGGCAGGUACCAAUCUAACCAGAAGCAUGGGAGAGGCGUGUACAUGUGGACCGACGGGUUGAUCUUCGCUGGAGAGUGGAACAAGGGG